CCGGCCGCGGACGCGAAGCCCCCAGCUACGCCUGCGACACCAGCGAGCGCGCCUACACCAGAGUCGACCUCGAGCUCCAAGCGACAGCGCGAGGAUGAGCCUGCGACGCCGUCGACUUCUGCCGCCGCACCACCCGCGGCUAAGAAAAUCAAGAUGGAGUUCGAUGAGCCACCAAACGAUGUCCUCGCCAAGCGACAGGCUGAGGCAGACGCAGUGAAGACCGACGAGGAGGCCAUCAAGUUCUUCGAGCAGAUGUCGAACUGGCUCAACCAGGUGACGAGCGAAGACGACGGGCAGGACAGCCUGAAGACGCACAUCGCCGACCACCUAGACGAGAUCUUGAAGGCGUACCCAGACAUGUCCGACGACAGCGCGCUAUCAUCGCUAGCAGGCACGAGCUUCCUCGACGGCAUCACCAUCGGGAGCUCGUCGCCACGACAGUCUGCGGUGACGGUGGACCCCUCAGAUUUCUUCGACUUCACAUCCUACGGGCUCCCGGAGGAAGACUCGGGGUCGAAGGCGGCGACCCCGGACCUUGUGCAGGCAUCGUCGUCAGUCGGUCCUAGUCCAGGAUCCGCGUCGGAGACUGAGGCGCACCCUUCAGCCUCUUCCAGCACGGAUACGGCGAAGAUUGCUGAGCCCAAGAGCGAGUCGAACGAGGACACGAUCCCGCAGGAGCUCUGGCGGGCGUUCGACGGCGGCGAGUCGGCAUUCUACAACGCAUCGGACAACUGGAAGUGGGACCAGCCGAUGCCGGCGGUAGAGCAGCCAUGGGCGUUC